AUGUCACAGAAAGAGACGUUUCCAAAGCUGUACCGAAUCCCGAAAAAGGCAGACCAGAAGCUUAGCUCGAAGGACCAAGUAUUAACUUCACCUCUAGUAAAAACCAAUGCGAACCCACCAGCAAAACCAAAACGUAAGUGUGGAACUUUAAUCCCAAUAUCUUUUACAUUUUAGCUACGCCAAAGAUCACAGAGAAACACAAAACAAAGGAAACCAAACAUGAAACGACAAAAAGGAAACAUUCACAGGCAUUCCACAAGUAAGUGACAUUAUUGUUUACUAGUUUUUUCACUUGAUAUCAGUACUAAAGGCUCAUUUCAGACAGCACAAAUCAAAUGCCAACAAAGACCCAAUCGAACUGCUGGACAGUAUCUGGAAGGAAAUGGAGGAGGAUGAUAUGAAGAAGAAGCACAAAAGAUCGGACAAAGGUAAGGUACAGUACAGUUAAUGCAACGCACGUCAAAAGAAAAUGAAACGAAAAACUUAAAAGAAAGCAACUUAUUCUAGACGGAUGCACCCCUAACGGAAGCCCCUUAUAUCAGCAUGCAGCUACACCAACUCCAGGCACCUCUCAACCCAAAUUUACAAAGUACGAGCUGCUAAGUGCCCCCAAGGACGACACCGUGCUGAAGCGAUUGAUGAACAAAAGUGGCCUUAUGGAGAGGAUACUCGCCUUCAAAAUCAAGCAUUCGAAGAUGGACAGCUACAGAAACAUACGAGUUCAUGGAAGGUUAGAUGAGUGUGUGAUGCCGGACGUAAGUUUAUACUAAUGACAGUAAAUAAAGUAAAUUAUACUUAGAAAAAGUAAUUCAAUAUUCAAUCAAAUACUUUAGGACCAAAGCGUAGACUACGGCACUCCUAGAUUUCAAACUGAGAUUAAUCAACAAAAAGGGCCACAGACACCUCCUGGAAGAGGACCUCAAACUCCACCAGGAUCGCCUGAUAUGGUAUCAGAAGGUAGUCAUGGGGCAGAUUACGAGCGUGCAAAGACGAUCGUCGAUGACAUUUUACGAGCCGAGGUUGGCAACACUGUACCAAUGGAAGAGGGAGACAAGGCCUCUACCGCAUCCAGGAUUAACAACUCUUCUUCAUCCACGAAAACGAACGAAAACAAUAGUGGAUUCUUCUUACCACCACCCCCGCCUCCUCCGAUGAUAUCAAAGCCAUCUACACCUCCUCCGGCCGUUUCAGUAGCAACAAGCAAUUUCUUCUCGGUCGAUUUGACUAAAAAUCAGCCAUCAAUAAUGUCGAUCAACCUGGCCAAUCAACAACAGCCGCCAACUGCAAUCAACUUGGUAACUAGGUUACCACCGCCAAGUUCAACAGUAAACCUUGUUUCUCGGCCACCACCCCCGAUUGCAUCGGUCAAUUUAGCGAUCAGGCCACCUCCCUCGACUAAUACAGUAAAUUUGGCAGCUCGACAUCCACCUCAAAAUACGCUUCAGCCACCUCCCAUUAAAUUGUCCACCCCACAUUCUAUCAACCCUACUACGAUCAUCCAUCCGACAGAUCUUACAAAACCUCCACCCAUCAACAUAUCCCAACCCCCGCCGAACUUUCAGAACGUUUAUCGCCCUCAUUUUAUCACCCCUCCGCGACGUGAAUUCUUACCUCGCCCUCCUGCAGGGUUUCCACUGCCCCCUCCUGGUUCUACGCCAGCUGCCUUUCCAAGACCUCCUCCCCCAGAGCCUUCGGCAAUGAGGUUCCUACACCCUCCUCCCCCGGAAUUCAUACCAAGAGGAUUCCAACGACCACCACCCUCAGAAGUUGUGCCAGUUGCUUCAAGAGCGCCACCUCCAGAAACUACAACAACAAAACCCCCAUCGCCUAAAACGAAACCCGCGGAUUCAGAAGCAACCGAAGACGAUGCCCCAAAACAAAAGCCAAAGCCACCAGUCUGCUUUGGGCCGCCGCUGUUACCUCCAAUUGAAAGAAGCGUAGGUUUUUGUUGCAUGACAACCAAAUGAAACUUUAUUAAAAACAUGUUUACAAAGAAGAAUGCAUGGAACAGCUUUAUUACUUCAAUAACUUGUAGUUUUCUUUUCAAAAACGUUGUUCAUAAAAUGUAUUUCAGGGCGCACCUAGGUAUGGACCUCCUCGCUUCCCCUUCAGGCCGGGAUUCAGAAUCCCUCACCCUCCGCCAUACAGAAUGCCUCCACCCCUGCCUCACUACAAUCUCCGACCUCCAAGGCCGUUAGCCCCAGGCUACCACAGAUGA